AUGGUGCUCAGCAGACACAGUAUCAUACGCAGUAUCAAGAAAAGGCCAAUAUCCUUGGUUUUACCUAUCACAGUCUUUUUUGUGAUCUACCUAUUUUUUUAUUCACUAAGAACGAAACCAAGCAAAUCCAAGUAUAGCUACAAAAAGAAGUCGAGUGGGUGGUUUAAUCAAAAACCUAAAAGUAAUGUCGUUCUUCGUAAUUUACCAAAAAAUCAUAUUAGUCAUUUUGAUUUAAAUAAACUCACGACCUCAUCUGACGCGUUAGCCAACAAGGAAGAAGUGUUGAUCUUGACACCGAUGUCAAAAUUUUUACCUCAGUACUGGGAAAAUUUGCAGAAGCUUACCUACGACCAUACAUUGUUGAGUCUUGGGUUUAUUUUACCGAGGAAUAAAGAUGGCGAUGAAGCCUUGAAGCUGUUGGAAUCCACCAUCAAAGCAACUCAAAAGCAAAAUGAUUUGAAGUUUAAAAAAAUUACCAUCUUGAGACAAGAUUCUGAUUCUUUGGAUAAUCAAUUGGAAAAAGAAAGACAUGCCUUAUCUGUUCAAAAAAAGAGGAGAUCAAUGAUGGCAGUGGCUAGAAAUUCAAUCCUUUUUACUGCGAUUACCUCUUCUACAUCAUGGGUUUUAUGGUUGGACGCGGACAUCGUAGAGACAUUACCCACUUUAAUCCAGGAUUUAACUUCACAUAAUAAGCCAGUAGUCUCAGCUAAUGUUUAUCAGCGCUAUAUCGAUAAUGAUAACAAGGCUUCGAUUCGUCCCUAUGACUUCAAUAACUGGGUUGAAUCAGAAGAAGGGUUGAAACUUGCAGCAACCCUUAAAGAUGAUGAGAUAGUCGUCGAAGGCUACGCGGAAAUGGCUACUUAUAGACCUUUAAUGGCUUACUAUUACGAUCCAAAUGGUGAUAAACAUACCGAGAUGCGUUUAGAUGGUGUAGGCGGUGGAGCCGUGUUGGUUAAAUCCGAAGUCCACAGAGAUGGAGCAAUGUUUCCCCCUUUCCCGUUCUAUCAUUUGAUAGAGACUGAGGGAUUUGCAAAAAUGGCAAAGAGACUAGGUUACGAAGUGUUCGGUUUGCCAAAUUAUUUGGUCUACCAUUACAACGAGUAG